CCCAUGAGCCUUUGCCCCGGUGUACUGCGCAUGCGCUCUGUGGCACCGUUGCUGAGCUGAGACAUGUCUGCAGGGGGCAGUGAGCCGGGAGGAGGCAGCAGCUUCAGGACAAGCCUGGCCUCUCAGUUCUUCACAGAGGAGGAGACGGCCGCUAUCGACAUGACAACAAGCGAGAAGGUUGUGGAUUUGUUAAACCAGGCUGCUCUGAUAACCAGCGAAUCUCACGAUCCUCAAACAGGUUCAGGAGUUGAUUAUAAACAAGGACCCAUCACUCCUAGACAACUUCUUAGAUGAAAUCAUUGCUUUCCAGACUGAUAAGUCCAUGGAAGUUCGCAAGUUUGUCAUCGGAUUCAUUGAGGAGGCCUGUAAACGAGACAACGAGCUGCUGCUGAAGCUGAUUGCCAAUCUGAACAUGUUGCUGAAAGAUGAAAGUGUGAACGUGGUGAAGAAAGUGAUUCUCACAAUGACACACCUGUACAAGGUUGCACUGCAGCAAGCCCACGUUCCCAGGUCCGUCAUGACUGUCCUGGAGGCGAACCUGAAACCAGAUCCGGAGCCUCCAGAACCCAAGGAGCAUGACGAGCCGGAGCCCCAUGGUGGAGUGGGGGCUCCCCGGGCCACGCUGCCCGACAUCAUGGCAGCUCAGCUGGAGCAGGAGAAGGAGCUGAAGAGGCAGCUGGAGGAGGAGCAUCAGUGAGUGAAGGGGCAUCCAGCGGAGCCGGGGGCAGCCACAGAGCUGGAGGAGCUGCGAGAGGAGGGGGCCGCCAAGGAGGACUGCGCCCUGAUUCCUGACUCCAGCCAGGAGGACCCCGCACUCGGCAUGAAGGACGACCAAACAGAAGCCGUAAGCAGUGAAACUCUGGAAGAUAGUGACAGAUUAGUCCUUGACCAAGCUGAACCAAUGGAAGAGCCCCUUGCAGACUGUAGUCCCACGACCUCCCAAUCACAGGAAGCCAUGGAGCAGGGUGAAGGAGGGGACUUGACGGAAAUGGAGGUCAAUGACGUGGAGUAGAGACGAUACCAGGAAUCCUGGGAGCUCAGAGACUGAGCCGCUAAGGAAGAUAAUCGUUUUGGAUCAGUGAUGUAAUAAUUUCAGGUGCCUUCAGUGGACAGAGGCAAGACUUUUAGGUUUUCUUUGAAAAGAUUUAAUAAAAACAAAAACUGAUCUAGACUUGUAAAGGAGAGGCGAUGGAGCCCACCCUGUACAUGUAAAAUCUGUUUCUAAAGAAUGAUGAGCACUUUUUAUUAUAUGAAAGAUCAAGGAGAUUAAGAAAGGAUGUAGUCCCUACAACUGGUAUUACAGGUAAGAGGAAUUGUGACGAGUUCAUCUGUGUGUUUGGCUGCCAGAAUAUUGAUGGCUAACGGUUUCUCACCAUUUCAGCAGCAGCAUGUGUUUAUUUUGGUGUUCAU